AUGGCCUGUAACAGCACGUCCAUCGAGACCUCCCAGCACCUGCCACCAAGCGCCGGCAACGCGUCGCACGCGGGGGCGCCCCCGCUGCCCGUGCCGCUGCGGGUGUCGCUGGCCAUGGCGAUGCUGCUGAUGGUCACCGUGGGCUUCCUGGGCAACACGGUGGUCUGCGUCAUCGUGUACCAGAGGCCGGCUAUGCGCUCCGCCAUCAACCUGCUGCUGGCCACGCUGGCCUUCUCCGACGUCAUGCUGUCGCUGUGCUGCAUGCCCUUCGCCGCCGUCACCCUCGUCACUGUGCGCUGGCACUUCGGGGGCUACUUCUGCCGCCUCUCGGCCACGCUCUACUGGUUCUUCGUGCUGGAGGGCGUGGCCGUGCUGCUCAUCAUCAGCGUGGACCGCUUCCUCAUCAUCGUCCGGCGCCGGGACAGGCUGAACCCGCGCCGGGCCAAGGCCAUCAUCGCCGCCUCCUGGCUGCUGUCCUUCUGCAUCUCCGUCCCCUCGCUCGUGGGCUGGACGCGGGUGGAGGUGCCGGCGCGGGCCCCCCAGUGCGUGCUGGGCUACACCGAGUCGCCGGCAGCCCGUGCCUACGUGGUGACCCUGGUGGCGGCCGUGUUCUUCGUGCCCUUCGGCAUCAUGCUGUGCUCCUACCUGUGCAUCCUCAACACGGUCCGCAAGAACGCCGUCCGCGUGCACAACCAGUCUGACAGCCUGGACCUGCGGCACCUGAGCGGGGCCCGCCUGCGGCAGCUGCAGCGCCAGCAGCAGGUCAGCGUGGACCUGAGCUUCAAAACCAAGGCCUUCACCACCAUCCUGGUCCUCUUCGUGGGCUUCUCCCUCUGCUGGCUGCCCCACUCCGUCUACAGCCUCCUGUCCGUGUUCAGCCGGCGCUUCUACCACAGCUCCUCCUUCUACACCACCAGCACCUGCGUCCUGUGGCUCAGUUACCUCAAGUCCGUCUUCAACCCCAUCGUCUACUGCUGGAGGAUCAAAAAAUUCCGCGAGGCCUGCAUGGAGUUGCUGCCCCAGACCUUCCAAAUCCUGCCCAAAGUGCCUGAGCGGAUCCGCAGGAGAAUCCAGCCAAGCACAGUCUACGUGUGCAACGAAAACCAGUCUGCUGUGUAG